AUGGGAACGGAGGACCCCUUAACACACCUCCACUCAUUUCAGUCCGCCAUUGGAUGCAAGGGCCUGAGCGAUGAAAGGCAGUGCCUGCUAUUCCCGUCUUCCCUUACCGAAGCAGCCCUGAACUGGUUCUACCGGUUGGAGCCGGAAACGGUAAAUUCCUUCGACGAGCUGAAACAAAUUUUCCUCAAUCACUUCAUGAUCCAAACGGAUCGUCUUUACUCUGCCGAUGAUCUGUACACGAUUCGGCAAAGAGAGGAUGAACCGUUGAGAGAAUACGCGGUGCGCUUCAGUCACGAAUACUCAAGGUGUCCGAAAACAGACGAUAGGGCAACCUACGGCGCCUUCAAGAGUGGCCUUCGGUCCUCGCAUUUCCGAUACCUAGUACACAGCAGCAACUGGCGCACGUACGAUGAACUGAUGCAGGCAGCAAUCCAUGCCAAAGCCGAAUACUUCAACUCGAAACCCGCGGUUUCGGCACGGCGAGGAGAUGCCGAACCAAGUGCUUAUCCGGUAAAGGCGCCACCCUACGAGAGAGUCGACCCAUAUUUGGCAGGUCAUAAGAGGAAAGACGACCGUGCCGAUCGAAGAGAACACCCGAAGAAGGGAAAAGGGAGGUAUGGUCGCAACGACCACCGAGCGCCCCUGCCGAAUCGUGACCACGGCAAUGAAGUCUUCACCCUAUUGAACACUACCUACGAGGCCGUCCUAAUGAACGAACAAGAAAUAAUACCAAAGCCGAACCUGCGAAGAUCCAAUCGGCAAGACAACCGGGAUACCGGUAAAUUCUGCCGAUACCAUCAGCAUAACAGCCAUAAUACGGAAGACUGUAUAAGCCUAAGAAAAAUUGUCGAACGGUUGAUCAGAGAGGGGAAGCUAGAUCAGUAUAUCGCCCGGCAGCCACCGGCGCCGGUACCGAAUCCAAUUCGGCAGAUAAACAUGAUAAGCACUAUCAGCGGUGGCCCCACCAUCGCAGGAAUGAGCAACCGUUCAAUGAAGCAAUACGUGCGCGCCGCACAAUUUCCGCAGGUAUUCGGCAUAGAGGUGAAUCGGUAUCAUGAAAUACCGAAAGUUCAUUGGGAACCAAUCACAUUUUGCGAAGAGGAGGAAGAGGGCAUCCUCUAUCCCCACGACGACCCAAUGAUCAUUCGAGCAGAAAUUACCGACUACGAUGUAGGACGGGUACUGAUCGAUACCGGGAGCUCGGUGAACAUGAUUUUUGCCGAAGCUUUCCGAGAGAUGGGAAUAAAGGACAGCCAGGUCAACCGGCAGUUGACACCUUUGUUAAGUUUCUCUGGGGACCUGGUCCAACCGGUCGGUAGUGUAAAACUGCCAAUUACCUUCGGCACCGCGCCAAGGAAAACGACGGUAUACAAUCAGUUCCUCAUCAUUGACUGCCCGACAGCGUACAACGUCAUAGUUGGAUGA